AUGCCUGUCAACACUAGGAGCAACACCAAUGGAGGAAACAAUGGGCAGUCCAACAACAACAACAACAGCAGCAGCAACAACAAUGAUCACAGCGGGACUAAUGCCAGCCCUCCUCCUCUGAAUCAGCCCAUGACCAUAGAGCAGUUGAUGACUAUGCAGACUCAGCUGAUGCAAGGAAUGGCACAUAUUAUGAAUAACAUGCAGCAGAACCAAAAUCAGAAUCAGCAGCAGAAUCAGAACCAGCAGCAAGGAGGUAACAACGCGUUUGCCCCACCUAGGGACAAGCGUGGAGAGUUCAUGAAGGGACGUCCACCGUUCUUCUCUCACUCAACUGAUCCUAUGCAAGCUGAGGACUGGCUUAAAGUUGUGGAGAAGCAGCUGGUCAUUGCUCAGUGCAAUGACAGGGAGAAGGUUCUGUAUGGCUCUGGGCAGCUUCAGGGAGCAGCACAGGACUGGUGGGAUUCGUACUGCUUCGCACAUCAGGACCCAGAUACUAUCACUUGGGAUGAGUUCAAGGUCGCCUUCAAGACUCAUCAUGUGCCAGCUGGAUUGGUGAAGCUAAAGAAGAAAGAGUUUCUGUCUCUGAAGCAGGGCUCCAUGACAGUUUGUGAGUACCGUGACAAGUUCACUCAAUUGUCGCGGUAUUGUCCAAAUGAGGUGGAGAACGAUGAAGACAAGCAAGAUCACUUCCUGGAAGGUUUGAAUGAUGGUCUGUCCUACAUGAUGUCAAAUGUCAAGUAUGCCAGCUUCCAGGAAAUGGUGGACAGGGCAUUGGUGCUUGAGAGCAAGCGCCGCAAGAUGGAAGACAAGAAGAGGAAGUAUAAUUCCUCUCAGCAGCAGGCUGGUGCCAGCCGUCCCCGCUACAACAAUCAGCAGGGCCCUCAGUCUCGCCCUGCAUAUCAGUCUGGUAACCAAGGACAGCAGCAGAAUGUCAGGUACAGCAACCAGAGUCAGCAGACGAGCCAGCGCUACAACAACAACCAAGUGCAGCGCCUCGCUAGUCAGGCGCCUCGCCAGAAUGCCCCAGCACCAUCAGGCUCUCGCCAGAACUCCAACACUGUCCCAGUGAAGCCCAACGCCAACCCCACCCCCACUGGAAAUACCUGCUUCAAGUGUGGUCAGCUUGGACACUACGCGAAUGCGUGCCCCCAGAGGCAGAAGAAUAACAAUAACAAUGGAAGGGUGAAUCAUGUGAAGCUGGAAACUGCUGAGGAGGCUCCAGAUGUGGUAGUUGGUUCGGGUGCAUAUAGACUUCACCCGAUCCGAACCCGCCCCGUUGCCAUCCUUAAGGUUGCCAGGGAGGAUGACAACAAUAGGGAUGGAGUCACCAUGGAGCAUGAGGGUAACGUGGAGGAGGAGGUCACUAGCAAUAAGGACAUCAGAAGGAGGCUGACAUGGAGGAGGUCAUGGGAGAGGAGGAAGUCAUCGAAGAAGAGGAUUUCAUAG